AUGCAUAGCUCUCUUAACCAGCAGCAGUACAAGAAGCAGCAUAACAAGCCAUAUAUAUAUCGUCUUUACCACACCGCCACAGCAUCAUCAGCUGAUCUAGCUAUUCGCAGUUCGCGACCGGAGACGACCAUGAGCUCCACGGCGGCGGCACCGGAGUGCGGCGGCGCCAAGACGUCGUGGCCGGAGUUGGUGGGGCUCAGCGUGGAGGAAGCCAAGAAGGCGAUCCUCAAGGACAAGCCCGACGCGGACAUCGUCGUGCUGCCCGUCGGCUCGAUUGUGACCGCGGAUUAUCGCCCCGACCGCGUCCGCAUUUUCGUCGACACCGUCGCCGAGGCGCCCCAUGUCGGCUGA